AGAGAAAGGAAUUAAAACAGUAACAGCAAACUCCGCCAGCCAUUAACAAAACCGCCUCCCCUCCCUCGUCAAUUUCCUUCAUCUUAACAAUAUAUAAAAAAAAUGACACUAAACUUAGGCUUUUGCUCCUGCUCCUCCUACGUCUCCCGCUUCUCACACUCCCCUCCUCUCCUCUCUAAACUCUCUCCAAAACCAAACUACACUACCACAGCCACUCUCCUCUCCCUCUUAUUUUCUUUCCAUAAAACCGCACCAUUUUUUUCCACUUCAAGAACACCAUCCUUAAAACCACUCGCUUCUUCACUAAGCCAAUCCGCCGCCGACGACGAAGACAACGACAACAAUAACUCUUUUUUAUCACUAAAUGAAGACUCCCUCUCCAGAGUCUCCGCUGCUAAAGACGCCAAUGAAGCCCUGCAAAUAAUAUCUGUAAUCACUAAUAAAAGUAACGGUUUAGUUAGUGUAACUGAUUGUUGUGGUAUUAUAACUGCCGCCAUUGAUCGCGGCAAUACUGAUUUGGCUCUCUCUGUUUUUUACGCUAUGCGUUCCAGCUUCGAUCAAGGCGUUACUGAGAUAGAAAGAUGGAAAUGGUCGCGGCCGGAUGUUAGUGUUUACACGUCAUUAGUUCAAGGUCUUGCUGCGGCAUUGAAGGUUUCUGAUGCUCUUAAGAUGAUUGAUUAUAUUUGCCGCGUUGGUGUGUCGCCUAGCGAGGACGAGGUGCCAUUUGGUAAGGUUGUGAGAUGUCCAACUUGUAUGAUAGCUGUUGCUGUUGCACAACCUCAACAUGGCAUUCAGAUUGCAUCUUGUUCCAAGUGCCGGUACCAAUACGAGCUUGUUUCUGGGGAUAUCACUAGUAUUGACUCAGAAGCAAUCAGCAUGGAUCUUCCUGCUUGGGAAAGGGGGCUAAGAUUUUUGCAACUAAUGAAGCAAAGUAUUCCUGCAGCUGUUCACUCCAUUGUGGUACAGACCCCUUCUGGUAUGGCAAGGACACAGAGAUUUGCUACUGAAACAGUAGACCUUCCAGCACAAAAAAGUGAAAGGGUGACCAUUGCUUCAGCAGUUCCAUCAAAUGUUUACAGAAAUGUGGGCCCCUUUAAAUUUAGUCCAAAGGCUCCCAAUGUCUACCCUGGAGAACCAAUGUGCCUGACAAACCAUGAAAAUGGCCGGGAGUCACUGUUGUUAAGAGCCCCUGUAAAAGAUGGAAAGCCAUCCUUGCUUAACCCUUCUGUUCUUGUUCCGCUCCUUGCUGUCUUGGUUGCUGGAGAUGCUGCAUCUGGUAUUAUUGAUCCCAGCUUGCCCCAAUUCCUUGUAGUUGCUGCUAUUUCUUCUCUUGGUGUUGGAGCUACUCUAAAUACACUGGUUUUCCCUGGAUUGAACCAGCUUCCUCAGAAGUCAGUGGAUGCAACUGCAAUCAAGCAGAAGCUGCUGUAUCAGUAUGACUUACUUCAGUCUCGCAUUAAGGAACUAAAAGAAGCUGCUGAAAAAGAGGUUUGGAUGUUGGCUCGGAUGUGUCAGCUGGAGAACAAGAUUUUUGCUGUAGGAGAACCUUCUUAUCGUGCCCGUAGAACUAGGGUGAAAAGGGUCCGAGAAGGCCUGGAAAAUUCACUCGAAGGACGGAUCGAACUCAUUGAUAGCUAUGCAAGAAUUUCUUCGAUGAUUGAAAUUGAGGUUGAAAUGGACUCUGAUGUUCUUGCUGCGGAAGCAUUGAGCAAUGUGGAAAGCAUAGCUGAACAGAUACAGCAAAUCAUGGAGCUGGAAAAUCUUGAAGAGAGAUGGAGACUACAAGCUGAAGCAAAUGACGAGGCUGAAAGACUACUUAGUUCUCAACCUGUAACUACUGAGUGGAUUUAAUCAUGGUUCUGGUUAGAAUUCAGCCACCAACCUCCAGUUUGCAUAGUGUUGCAUUGGUAUACCUUAUGCCUCUACUUGAGAAGAUCUGCUCGGUUGAAUCAUCUAAAAAGCAGGCAGGAAAUACGCUUGCGUGAAUGCGCUAACUCGUGAUCAGAACUACCAUUGCACAUCAGCAAUUAAAUCUUGGCAUGUGUUUAAAUGGAGGACCAGAAGCCAGCUGCUUGGUUGUGCCACAGCCGAAAACUGUUCUGGAACCCAUUGAGUAAUUAACCUACUUAAGCUACAAAGGUAUUUUUAUGUGUUGUUAGCAUAUGGCAAUGGAAAUCGUAAAGUUGAUCACCUCACUUGUGAGUUUUGUAACACAAAUGUCUGUACAAAUAUAGGGACAUGUUCUUAGUUUUCCUGCUUGUUACUGUAGAUAAAUUCUGAUCAUCUCUGCAGAAAGAAGUUGGAACAAUUUCAUGUUUCCUUUUGUGGAGCCUGGAUUAUUUGGUAAUGGUCAACAAUAAAAAGAAUGCUAAGUUGUCUCCA